GGCAACUGGCUGCCGGCAAAGGGGACGCGCCGCAGCUCCGUGCCCGCUGAACACCUGUCAGCCAGCGGAGCCUGAUUUAUACCUGGCCUCUCCGCUGGGGAUUUCCCCCUCGUUCCACUUCUGCUUUUUUUUUUUUUUUUUUUAAUUUUCUUUUCCCUCUCGCCUCCUCCCUCCCUUCUCGGAGCGUUGUGGAAGAGAGUGUUUUCUUCAGGGUAUUAAGCUGAGACUACAGAGGAGGAGAGGCUCAGACCUUUACCUCACUGCUCAUUCUCCCUUCCAUGUGAACAUUCUGCAACGUUUCCUUCAUCCUGCCGCACCUCUCACCUGGCCAGCGCUGUCCGGACCAUGUCCGCUAAGCUCCUGCCGGUUUUCUUCCUCCUCUCAGUGUUCCACGCUUGUUCUAGAAAGGUUGAAGACGAUGAAUAUGAAGAUGGAGCAACUAACCAAAAAUGGGUUUUAGCUCCAAAAACACAAGAUACAGAUGUGACUCUCAUACUAAACAAGCUGUUGAGAGAGUAUGACAAAAAGCUGCGGCCAGAUAUUGGAAUAAAACCGACAGUUAUUGAUGUUGACAUUUAUGUUAACAGCAUUGGUCCUGUUUCGUCAAUAAAUAUGGAAUAUCAAAUUGAUAUAUUUUUUGCCCAGACGUGGACAGACAGCCGUCUUCGUUUCAACAGCACCAUGAAGAUACUGACUCUGAACAGCAACAUGGUCGGCUUGAUCUGGAUCCCAGACACGAUAUUUCGUAACUCAAAGACAGCAGAGGCCCACUGGAUCACCACCCCCAACCAGCUCCUCCGCAUAUGGAAUGAUGGCAAGAUCUUGUACACCCUCAGGCUCACCAUCAAUGCUGAGUGCCAGCUGCAGCUGCACAACUUCCCCAUGGAUGAACACUCUUGUCCUCUGAUAUUCUCCAGCUAUGGCUAUCCUAAAGAGGAAAUGAUUUACAGAUGGAGGAAAAAUUCAGUGGAAGCUGCUGACCAGAAAUCCUGGAGACUCUAUCAGUUUGACUUUAUGGGUCUCAGAAAUACUUCAGAAAUUGUGAAAACCUCUGCAGGUGAUUAUGUAGUCAUGACUAUAUACUUCGACUUAAGUAGAAGAAUGGGAUACUUCACUAUACAAACAUACAUUCCCUGUAUAUUAACAGUUGUUCUUUCCUGGGUAUCCUUUUGGAUCAAAAAAGAUGCCACACCAGCAAGAACAGCAUUAGGCAUCACCACAGUAUUGACCAUGACAACUUUGAGUACCAUUGCAAGAAAGUCAUUGCCCCGUGUCUCCUAUGUCACCGCCAUGGAUUUGUUUGUGACUGUCUGCUUUCUAUUUGUAUUUGCUGCUCUGAUGGAGUAUGCCACCCUCAACUACUACUCAAGUUGCAGGAAACCAAACUGUACUAAGAAGAAAAAGUCGAAUUAUUCUGUACUUGAUAUGAGACCACCAACUACAGUCAUCACACUGAACAAUGCCAUGUAUUGGCAAGAUUUUGAAGAUGCGUGUGUCUAUGAAUGUCUGGAUGGGAAAGACUGUCAGAGCUUUUUCUGUUGUUAUGAAGAGUGUAAAUCAGGCUCGUGGAGGAGAGGACGGAUUCACAUAGACAUCUUAGAACUGGACUCUUACUCUAGGGUCUUUUUUCCUACAUCCUUCCUGCUGUUUAACCUGGUCUACUGGGUUGGAUACCUCUACCUUUAAAUGUUGCCUGUAGCAGUGAAGACUGCUGCGUUUUCUCACUGCGGAUGGAUGGUGAAAGUGCAGAAAAAGUGAAGGACACGGUCAGCUUCAUCUCCAAUUAAAAAGACCACAUUAACUUUUACCAUCACAGAGCCUGAUGAAGAAUUUUAACAUGUAAUUUCUUGAAAAAGAAAAAAACAGAAGAAUUCUCUCCUGCUAUUCAUUUUAAGAAAAAGAUUCUUACGAAGUUCAGCUGAAUUUGUAGUGUAAGCGAUGUUUAUGAAUAAUUAUUGUAUAUUAAAAUCUCUACUCUUGUCCCUUACCAUAGGAGCUAUUCACAAUUCAGGCAAAGUUUAAAUAUGUAAUUUUUCUUUUUCAUUCUCAUACUUUCUUCAAAAUGCUGCCAUAUCCCUAAGGCUCAGAGAAAUGUACACUGGCACUAGCAAAUAAGCCAAAGCUGAUGAAAACGUUCAUUUAUAUUUAAAUUUGCUUGAUACCACAGGUUUUGGGAAACUGAUGAUCUCCUUGAUGUGGAAUAACCAGCAAGAGACACUAAGAAAUGUCUGGUAGGAUCCAAACAUGGACAUGACUUUCUGCAGAGGUCUGAGAUUCAUUGAAUUAGCCACACAUAUUGGUUUUAACUUAGAGGUGAAAAGGCAGACAGAGAAGAAAGCUAUAGUUUGGAUAGAAAUUAAACUUGCCUAUCUGUGAGGCAGCUGUAGGUGUAACUUCUACAGUUUUUCAAGCUUUUAACUGUGUUUUUUAUGACUCAUUAAACAAAGGAUGGUCAUUGAUUUCUAAAGUACUAUACUUGAAGCAGGACAAGAUUCCUCUUGUUUGUGUCAUUGUAGCAGUUCACAGUGCAUAGCCCAUGAGUAAAAAUUAUAAUGGCACCAGGAUUAAGUGAAUUUCCUUGGAUUUCAAUCUGCUAAAAAAAGUGUGCCCGUGCAUUCUUAUUUUUUCUCUCAAAGUUGUAUUACAACAUUGAAAAUCAUGUGUGCUAAAGGCCUUUUUUUGUUUCAUAACAUUAAACACUGCAGUAUUUACUCACAGUAGUGGUUCCCUGUGCCUGAGCUAAAGACUGAACACUUGUGGCUUGAAUAGUGCAUUACAGGAACUCAAUUGUGACACUUGGAUUAAACGUGAAAUAGCUGCCACAUGUAGAAAUAAGUUCUUUUCAUUCUUUUCCAAAAUUUCCAACUAUAAUUUACACUAAAAAACAAUUUUUUAUUUUUCAAGGUUUUGACUACUGAAUUCUAAACUACCCAUUUUUUCAAAAUCUAGUUUUACAGUAUUGAACUAAGUGAUGUCUUUUACAGACUGUCUACAUAAUUGUUAUUAAGCAAACAAAACACAUCCAGAAUUAAAUAGUUAUAGCUUUUCACUACCCUUUGCAUGACAAAUUGUUACAAAAGAUUGAACUUAAAAGAUAAUUAAAACAACAAUUCUAUUUCUUUUCUCUUUUGGAGAUAAUUUUUUAUGAACUCAGAAAAUGUAUCUCUUCCAGGCAGUAUUUGAUGAAAAAAUGAAUAGUGGAUGUAACUUGAAAUGAGUUCCUUUUUCCUCAAAAGGAAAACCCUGCAAACAAGCAAAAACUAAUGCAACAGUAAUUCUAAAGGAACAGAAAUGCUGUCAUGUUCUUUGAAACAUCACUGUCUCUCAUUGCUGUGCUGUGUUCUUCAACUAAGUUUUAAUAGGGGGGGAAAAAAACAACUAAGCCAAAAGUUAAUUUUAGUUUUUCAAAAUCUUUCUUCUGUUUUUAAUUUGUCUCAAAUAUUUGAAACAAAGUUGUGUUUAGGUCAUGGAGGGGAAUUACUUCUGUAAGGACUGACAAAAUUCAAAUUAGAAGCACAGAGAAGAAAUAUUUUGAGGCAGAAUCAAAGCCUUAUUUUUAGAAAACUCUGCUCAAUCUGAUGUCUUCUUAACCGAUGAUAACCUUCUGAUUUCAAAAUACAUGUUGAAAAUUUUGCUAACUCUAAUUAGCAAAUUAACUGCUCUGUAAACCUUUGUCCUGCACUUGGAGGUAUGGACUUAAUUUGAGGAUGACAGUGAUAUUUUAAAUAGUGCAAGAAGGUGAUUAAAUUUGAGUUGGAUAUCCUGAUCUCUAAUUAUUAAUUAGUCUACUCUAAUAGUCACCUUCAGCCAUAUUUUGCAAGAAUACUAGAACUAUUCCAAGCUGAAAUAAAAUAAUGGAAACCAUUUUCCUUUAGGGGAGGUGAUCCUGCAAACCCUCUGCACAAUCAGUUGAUUUUGGUGGUAGUAUUGAGACAAAUGAUGCACAAUCAGGUGCCUUCCACCAUUAGAUCUUGAACAGAUAGAGUGAAGUUUAUUUAACAAUUCCAUGCUGUGUGAAUGUUCUGGGAAGUGGAACAUUCCUGUGUUAGAUGAUGAGCAUAUGAUUUUCUUGCACUUCUACUCAUAGCUGCUCAUGAGCCCUGCUGAAAGCAGAUAAUACCAACAGAUCCUUCUUUGGAAGACUGAUUCUGCUAAGUCCAUUCAUAUUGCCAAUUUUCUGACUAUUUUCAUAAACAGAAGAUGGAAGCAAAUAAUUCCAAUUUUUCCACUGUACUAAAUCAAGAAAGAAGCUUCAGACACUACUGCCUUCUGCUCUUACAGCAAGAGCAGUGGACAUAUUCUACUGUGUAAUUUAUUCUACUCUGGCGUUAUCAAAAAUUGAUUUUUAUGCAAGGCAAGCAGCUGUAGGCUGGCAGGUUCCUGAAUGCACUCCUCUGCUUGUUCCCAGUAACUUGGCUUACUCUCACUGCUUUACUGCUCUGUGCUUUGGCAGCCACUGAGAAACCUUAGAGAUCAGGGAAGAUAGGCUUUCUAUGAUCUGCAUCAUUCAAAAUGCCAUUGUAGUCUACAUACAUCUAUGUUCUAUAUCCUUCUGUAGGAGUAAGACUACCCUCAUUCACCUUCAGAUAUUCUUUUGCCUCUUUUGCAAAUUGGCAAAAGUUAACAUUUUCGUUUGCUGUCCUACGAGAAAUAUAAGAACUGUAUUUUAGCAUUCUAGAAGUCCUUAUCUUAUAAUUUCAUAUUAGAGACUUGCAUUUAUUCAACUACUUCUUUUUUGUUAUUUAGUAUUUCUUUUUACCCUUCCAAGGACUGGAACAGAGGAAGGAAAAACCAAAUGAGCAGUGAAAUGAGCACAUUUGGCUAUGUAAAACCUCAAAACCAAGUAUCUCCACAUUACAUUUCUUCCUUGUCAAAGUUGCAGAAGGGAUUUUAAGGGUUUUUUGUUUCCCAGGAGGAUUUAAAGUCAAUCCUCUUAUUCUCCCCUUCAAUUAAAAGUUUUUGGGUAUAAUUUUCUUUAUUAAGGGCAGCAUUUUCAAGGCAACUAAGAAUGUACAAAUAAUAUUGGUCUGCUUAAUUCAAUCUUCUCCGUUUUCCUGGCUCUGAUGCUUAGCAUAUUGACAGCUCCUUUUUUUACAGCCACUCUUCCAAAAAUAAGGGUAUAAAAACUUGUAGCCAGUUUUUGCUCUCUCAGUGUCCAGCAGUAAUGUGGAACUGCAUUGCCACACAAUUUUAAUAUAACUUUCUAAACAAAAAGUAGAGGUGUAGUUUAAAACACCUUCAGGCAUUUUGAUAAGCUUCUCUUUCUCAUGUUCUCCUUAAUCAACUCUCAACUCUAUAUUGGUAUAUUGUGCAUACCAAUAGAAAUGAUAAAAAUUACAAAAGCCAGAACUGUAUUCACAGAGACAGUGAUGAGUAGUGAAGCUAAAACAAGAAAAAUAAAUUAUUUUUUAUUGCUGUGCAGCUCUUAUCUGUUGCAGUCCUCUUAUUCAAUUUAACCCACAGCUAAUUCCAAAUCAUCCACCUGGAGGUUUGCACAUUCAUCAGCUGGAACAGCAGUGACACAUGAGCCUUUAACUGAUAGGAAAUUAUUUCUGGAACUGCAGGCACACUGCCAAAUAACUCAGACAGAUAGCUAUCUUAAACACUUCUGCAGCUCUAAUGUGUCUUGGUGUCUAGCAUCUCACGUUAUUUCAUGAAUUUAUCACCAUGAAUUAUCUCUUUACUAGGUCAUUUCAUGAAGGGAAGGCUGUUUACCUCCUUUUUAUACAAAAUUUCACCAUAUAUACAAUAAAGUUACUCUCCUACAUGAGUGGAUGCCAGGUAGCUCUGGAACUGCUGACUUUGUGGGAAGGGAGAUUGAGUAUUUUAAGACAGAUUUCACUGAGUCACAGAAUCAAAUAGGUUAGAAAAGACCUUGGAAAUCGUCAAGUCCAGCCUAUGACCUAACACCACCUCAUCAACUAAACCAUAGCACUAAGUGCCAUGAAAGCUGUCCAUAACAAACUGUACUUUUUCCAUUGGCUCCUCUUUCCUGGUUUCCAUAUAGUGCAGUAAGAAAAGGCAAGCCAUAUCUGAUAAUAUUAGAUGCCUAUAGGCAGAUGAUUUUUUUUAAGGUAUCUUCUUCUUCUUCUUCUUCUUCUUCUUCUUCUUCUUCUUCUUCUUCUUGCUUACAGUGAAAUGCUUGUGCCUCUUACGUCAGUGCCUUUAUCAUUUGUUAAUAUGAAAGGAUAUUCCUUAACAUAUUUCUCAUCUGAAAGUUAGAAAGUGGGACCAGUGACCUUCCUGGAGUUCUUCCUGAGCACCACGGUGUGAGAUCAAUAUUCUAAAUGUCUUCAACCUACAGACUGAGCAUUUCUCUGCAUUUUCUUUAUUUUUUAAACAGUCUGUAGGUUUCUUAUUUGCUGUAUAAGAAAAGGCUGCAGUGGAACUUGAGUAGUUUAACAGAAUCCUUCCUUCUUAACUCGACAGUUUCAUUCCACCAAGAGACACAGAGCUUAAACUCAAGGCUCCUCCAGAUCUCUUUCCAGAAGACUAUUUAAAAUAGACUAUGAUUGGGAAUGUAUUUCCACAGAUGAAAGGUGAGGUUCUUUUUCCUUUAGAGGUUUUUUGGCUUUUUCUCUCAGUUAAUUUUAGGUCUUGCCUCACUCCACAAGCAUAAAAUUAGCUCAACUUACACUUGCCUACUGAGAAAAAGCAUAGUGUUAUUAGUCUUAUUCUAUGCUUGUAUGCCCACCACCUUUGUAUGUUCAUCACACUCUCUUCUUGAAGGGUUCUGGUAUAUAUGUGAAAAAAUGAAGGCCUUUCUUCCAGACUCAGUGGACUUAAUAUUAUUACCUUUUUCCCUGGGAUCUAUGAGUUCUUUCCUCAUAAUUUAGGCCACUGGUUUAGAUACUAAAACUAAAGCUAUGUUCUAUCUCUAAAGUGAAAUUAAGUUUCAACAAAAAAAAAAAAAUCUCAGCUUGAACUGAAUUGCUUUGAGAAGUUAAACAGUAAUUUUUUUUACAGUGAACAUUUGGUGGAUAAUUUAAAGAGAUAUGAUGGCCUACAACCCUGUCUAGCUAGGACUAAGUCCUGAACCAGGGAUAAAUAUUGUUCUAACACUCUAGUUUACUUAGCAGCUGUUUCUUUAAAUGACUUUGGAUCGUAAUUGACUUCAAGCACUUGGUUAGUUACUGCUGACAUUCCUCAAGUGAGAUAUCCAAUAUCUGUGAUGAUGUAUUGUUUUCUACAGACUUUACUUUCUUUUACUUUUCUUCUUUUGUCUUGGGUCGUCAAGCUGGUGUCUGUAUGCAUCUGGACUCCUCAAGGGUUUUCCUAAAAAUAUGUGAAAUUAGAGAAUAAAAUUAAUUAUGAAAUUCAGUGCCUCAGAGCUGGACACCUGAGAAUUCUCUUCUUUCUACCAAAACAUUCAUUUUGGUCUUCUAAUCAUUUGCUAUUUAUAAAGGACAAGCAGAAGAUGUGGUUGUGUUUAUUCAUAUGUCUAGGGGAAAGCUUUCUCAAGGACUGAACCAGGCAAAGCAGGCACUGCUAUACAGCCAGUAACUUGCUGGGUAUUCUUUUAUCUAGGUAAGGAAUGGCUCUAGUCACAGGAGAUACAACAGCCUCUGGUGCCAUUGGAGCACCCAAUAACUUGACUUGGAGGCCUAAGCCAGCCUAUGGAGCUUCUUAUAGGGGAAUGCAGGUUUUAUUAGUGUUUAAUACAGCCCUUAAUACUCUUGUAAUGUCUCUAUAACUUCUUUCAGCAGUGCUUGUGAGACAGGAAGCUGUACUGACACAAUGUAUUCUAAAAUACAAAGAAUGAAAUAUCCACAAUGAAGCUGGUGAUGGCUUGUUACUGAGACGGUAUUAGGAUUAUAAAAUUUAAAAAAAAACAGACCUACUAGGUCUGAGUCAAAAAUUUCUACAUUAAUUAAGACCAUUGACCAGAAGAGGGAUUUAAGUUCAAAUCAGCAGUCAGGAAGCUCAUUGGAUGAUGUUCGGUAAGAGUUGAUUAUCCAUUGUUUGGAUUCAAAACUUGUGGAGUGUAGAUUUGUAACUUAAGUACUUAAUGUGAGAUUUGUGAUUUACAUACUUAAAGUGAGGCAGGUAAAUGCUAAAUUUUCUAAAUUGCACAUUAAUAUAAAAUGGAUGAAGAGAACAAUAUUGAUGACAUAUAUUUUAAAAACUACUGACAAAUGUAAAAUAGAGCAUGCUACAGAGUCCAUUCCAUGCUUACAGAGCUCAUGGGAUCCUUAAAAUGAAAGCAACUGUGGAACUCAUGGAAAGCUGGUAAAAUAAUUGCAUUUGACAGUAUUACACAGGCAGCCCAGGGAAGUACAGCACUGCCAGAAAGAGUGCUGCAAAGGAGAAAAAAAAAAAACAGAAUAAGCUCCCACAAAACACUUCCUCUGAACAACAGUGGGAACUCUGGUGCAGAGAUUACAGUAUCACACUCCCUUAUUCUCUUUUGCAGUCAUUCAGGAGUCCUGUGACUUUUUUUGUCAUCCACGAUCACUUGCAGUACCAACCUUAAGUCCUGGACCAACCUGCUGCUACCACAAGCCAUCACCAAACCCCCACAUAAUCCUGGUCUAAACUCUCUGUAUACUGCUCUCAUAGUAUUUUUUUCCACCAUGACAACACAUGAAUUUUUUUUUUUUUUAAGUGAGUGUAAUUUUAGUAAUCAAAUAAAUACUGCCAACUAUGUGCCAAAUUGAAUUUUCUUAUAGAACACAGACAAAAUUUUAGAUUUCUAAUUAUCUUUCCUUCCUAAGUUUUUGUUAGGGGUGUGUGAUUUCGUUGCUAGCAGUGCAGCUUGUGAUGUCAUAGUGAAAUGAAAGUACAAUUAUGUGCCCAAUGUGCCUUGAAUAAUACAGGUAGCACUAGUACCAGUAUGUCAUUCUAAGUUAGAUAGCCAUCCCAGUGAUUCCCCCAGACUGACCUAAUCAGAAAAGUCAAACACCCAUGUGCUUCAUCUCCUCAAGUUCUCAGACAAUGACUUUCCCUUCUGGAUCACAUCCAUUCCAGUUUACUUUGUGUUAAGGAGUAGGGCUGUGCGUCUAGAAUAAUAUUUAUAUUCGUAUUUUGAUCCCAGCAUUUGUAUUUCUGGAUACAAAUAAAUACACAUUAUCAGAAAAUGCAAGUAUGGCGUGCAUGUUUGGUGGUUGUAUUUUUCUUAUGGAAUUUGAGAGCUUGACAAAAUAGAAAUAGAUUUCUGAAAAUUUGCUUGAGAGAAAUGCCAUGGUGUGUUACCUUUCUAAUAGGGUGUAGGGUGUCCUUGAAAGUAAUUUCAAAUGAGUCUUUAAAAAAUAUUUUCAACAGUGAGCAUGAGCUGACAAAAUUGCAAAAAAUAUUUGAGACUUCAGUUUAUCCAUGGGACUAAUUUAAACUGGGGAGAAUAUGCUACAAAAUUCAAAGAGAAAUCAAGAAAUAGGCUGUGUCUUUUUCAUAAACUGCUUGAAUGUGAAGACUCUGCAAUUUUAAAAUUGUGAUCAAAUUUGGCUUCAAAACUUUCUCAAUCCCAGUGUUUUCAAUACUCAGUGAAAUCUACUGGUAAAACUGUACUCUGUGUUUUUACAAGACUUAUUUUUCAGCAGCCACGUAUUGUUAAGAAAGGCUGUCUUCUUGAUUUAUGCUCUUUGAAUGUAAUUUAAUUCCCGCCUCUGUACG